AUGUCGUCCUCAAAGUCCGAUUCUUCGAUCCGUAACCGAAGCGACUCCACCGAAGGUUCAGAGCUGUCAGAGCAUGAGCACAAGCGUCCAAGGCUGAGUGAUACUAAGCCUGACGGGACGCAUGUCAUGUCGGAUUUGCAGCGAGACAAUUCCAACCCCGCACUUUCUGUGCCAGUCGCGCUUGCCACCAGCGAUGAGGAAGGGUCUCUCGUCAAGACACCGCCGCUGCCUCCCAGAACGGCAGCCCCUCCGGCUCUCAUAUCCCCCACCAGCAAGGUAACCAUCAACACCCGCCCGCUGUCCUCUCAGUCAGCUACGCAACCAACCACCGAAGCCGGAGGAGCGGGCAUGCCGCCCAGUUUCUCACUUUCAGACACCUCUACCGUUGGUGGCGACGGAAAGGGAGACACCGAUGCUGCACCUGCCCCCCUCCCUCAUCAGACCGAGUCGGCGGAGAUCAUGUCGACAUCGGCUUCCAAGAGCAAGAGACCUCAAAUUGAGAUUGUUGAGCCUGAAGACCUCGAUCAAGAUUCAAACCAGACCGGGUCGACUGACCGUAGCAGCGGUGAAAGCGCCUCUUCCCCUGUCCUGAAUUCGUUUCCAUCCGGCUAUGUCAACCGCACGUUUCCCUAUUCUCAAGAGUGGGCGCCAGGGAGCACUCAUAGAGUGAUUGCUCGCAUAUCAGAGAACUUCCAGCACGCCGGUGGCCAAAAUGGAGCCAUAUUCCGCCAAGUCAAAGACUGGAUGAUCGAAUUUGUCGCCGUUUGCAAUGAAUUCUCCAUCACGCUGCAUGAAGAAGAAAGAGACUUCUGGCACCGACUGCCAGAUCUCAUCGAAGGCCUACUGCGACGAGAGGCAGGCCCGCCUCCUGGAGCUCGCACUGAAGACCUCGUCGACUUCUUCGUGGCCUUUGCUCAAAUUGCCAGGCUUCUGAUUGAUCUUGACACUCAGAGACUACGUGCGCUCAGUAAGGAUCCAGAACUCGGGGAUCUCAAGUCUGUCGGCUUGUUGUGUGCUAACUACCUGCAACCUUUGACAUGGAUCCUCUCGGUCCGCAUCCCCUUCUACGACGCACUGUCCCGUGCACACAGUUUCGAUCGGACGCACUUCUACACGCUCGUCAUCGACCGCCUUGGGGACCCAUCGACAGUCUGCCUGUUACCAUCCAUCUCCGCCCUGUUCUCCGAAAUUUGCGCUCUCAUACAGAAGCGAACCGAUUUGUAUCGACCUUUUCACAAUUUGCUCUCGGUGACCAAUUGCGUCAUGGCUCCGAUCUCCAACAUGUACAGUACGGAGACAAAUUUUGUCCCUGCGGCAUUCUCACAACUUGAUCACAUUCGCAACGGCGCUGCGAGAAUAAUUUUGCAAGCAGACAACGCCAUCCAACAAGCUAUCAUGAAGCAAGCGGCCUGGCUCAAUCUGGAGACCGCGGGGAAAAUAAUUGACCUUCUAAAUCCAAUGGUGUCCAUGAUUGCGGUCGAUAUCCCGCAGAUCGGCAAGGACAUUAUAACUUCUGCUGGAGUUGGUUUCGCCGAUUCGGAUGUUUCUGAUCUUCCUAGCACAAUGCCGUACGCCUGGAAGUUCAAGACACUUCGUAAAUUCAUCACCAAUGGCCGGAUGGAACUUCGGGUCUCUGGCGUCGACAGUAUGUCAACUGAUCUCGUUCAAGUGUUCAAAGAGCAUAUCAGUGGCCAGGCGCAGCCUGCCAUGUCUCAUCCGUUGGUAAGAUUCUUAGUCAAGUUCAUCAAGGAGAACCAAUUGGUGGACUACAUUGUCGGCGUCGACUCCCACCCACAGUUGAUUCGUCGGGCUCAUAACGUGGUCGGUUUCCUCUGUGUCUCGGGGACUUACACAGACGCCGAUACAGACCAUAUCUGGAAAACUAUUGUGGAGAGUCAAGACCCUCGGACUGUCCACGAGGUUUUCAAUCUACUCCAGAUGUGUUUCACUGUAUACGACCUUCAUGCGCUUUACUACAUCUGCCGAAAACUGUCGGACUAUCCUAUUCAGCGCUUUGACUUGCACGUCUUGCAGUUCACUGCCCUCCUGUUCGAAAGUCUGAGAACAAAAACAGGUAUAUUUCCUCUGCAUCUUGGAAAUGCCACGGAUCCAAUCACGCGGAAGUUAUGCAUACGAUUGCUGCGCGAGGCCUCGGUGGAGGAGAAUGCGUCUCUUGAACAAGCACCGCUGAUACGACGAGACUUUGGCCAGCAUCUGACUAAUGUCCUGUCUCUGGGUCGAGCUGAGGUUACCUUUGCAACGAUUGACGAGGAAGAGCGAAAUCAGAUCAUAUCCGAGGCUGCCUCGAACCUCGAAGCCCAUAGCGAAUAUGCCUCUGGCGAUCUUCAAGUCUUGAACUGCUUGUUACCGAUGUUGGGAAGAGACGGGAUCGCCGAAGCCACCGACAAGUUUGACCUGCUGGCACUGCUGAUUGCCGACUUUGCAUAUUUACGGGACCAAUUCGACCUGAUGGUGGCACGCGGUGUAUCCGUCAAAUCGAUCGAGGCAAUGUAUGAAGUGCGAUCCGCAUGCCUGUAUUACUUUGUUCUCCAUGUCCCUGAAGUCUUCACUUCAGAUCUCGUGCAGGAACUUUGGACAUCCUUCUAUUCGUUCUCACAACUCCCAACCUCCGUGAGGGCUCGUGCGUGGGAGACGUUGACCCAUGCUGUUAGGAUCAAGCAGAACAAGGAGGAGAUUAUCCUCGUGGACUUGAUCAUCGAGAAACACUUGCCGACUCUGGACCCUCAAGACUACAACGAACAAGUCCUAGAGUUCAUCAGGGUGUCGAUCUCAUACACUAUCAAGCGCACCACGGAAACUAUCCCUGACACUGAGGGUGUCAUUGUAGUACCCGGGAUCGAGAGAAUGUGGAAGGUCAUGCUGGAUGCGCCUCCAAACACGAUUGAAAACCAAGCCACCGACUUCAUCAUCCGGACGUACUUGGAUAACAACCUUGUGACCCGAAGGUCGAAAGGGGUCAUCGACGCGACUCAUGCUUCCCUCGUGGACCGCUCGGUGCAACAGGUUAUAGCAUCUGCGUCUAAGCUAAAAUCAUACACGGAUGGCACCAUGAGUGGCGAAGAUGAGCCCAUGGUGAUUAUUGCCUCUGAGGACGAGAUACGCGCCGAGGAACUGCGUUUUGAUCGGUCUUUGCUGUUCCUCAGGAAAUUUCUUGAAGGUAUGAAACUUCGACCACGGUACAGUCCAGUCCCGGACCAGCAGAUCCAGGGACUUGCGGAGUUUCCAGACAAGAGAGGGGAGGUUGUCGAACUCAAAAUUCAGAUCACGGCAAGCAAGUAUAUCACCGAAAAGAUGCAAAACAUUACCAUCGGGUCUGAGAACACGUGCGACGAAUUGCACAAGUAUCUUUGUGAGGCAAGUGGCUUCAAACAGUUCUCUGUGUUCAAUCUGGGGCAAAAGGUAUUGCUUGCAGGACAAUCAACAACCAUCGCGGAGUCCAAGGUAGCCUCCGGCCUCCUGAUUGUCCACAAAACGUUGAAUACGCCGGAGAGUCCGCCAACCCGGUCUACCCGAGCCACUUCUCCUGUUGACAACAAAAUUAUGCACCACUUUGAUGACCUUUACGAGCUUCUUGAUGCUGAUGAGCGCCUAUCAAGAGAGGUGUACACGUUCCUCAGCCUCUUCUCUGCACAGACCGAACUUGUCCGGGUCGUACGUUCAAGAGACAGGUCGCCAAUGGAACUUCUGCCUCCAGGAAAGCCUUUCAGACUCCUGUAUUGCGCGAGGGCUCUGCGAUCUUGCAUAGAGGAUGAGUCGUUCAGCUCAAACCCGGAUUCCCAAUUUCUCAUCUACAGCAUCCAAACCAUCCUGCAAGUCCUCCCCAAGCUGGAUUUGAAUAACCCAUCAGACGGGCUUCAGAUGUCGAUCGCUCACAGCCUGAUGGAAGCACUUCUUCUAGCAUUCCGAGCCAAGGUUUCUGCAGAGACAUCGAGCGAAUACAUUGUGGAUCACCGAGGAUUCGCAGCGCAAACUUCAAGGUUGCUACGCUUUGCGCUGGAGAGCUACAACACCAAUAUGGACGAAAUUUCAUCUUCCGCCAUGGUGAAACUAGUCUUGGAAACUUUCAUCGAGGCGUGCCUGCACGAUGAGCGAGUUUGGGCCUAUGUGGAUGCCGAAGCUGACUUCAGGGACCUAAUCGUCACUGCUUUCGUUGAUGAUCGUCGAGUCGAUGUGCGGCAUUCACUGCUCGAGGUUGUGGUUGGUUUGACAGGUGCUGUUGGAACAAAGUUGUACCUCAAGAUCAACAAUCCAAGAGCGCCACGAUCCCGCUUUCUCCCCGCUACCAUCGAAGCUUGUCUUUCUCAUUUGUGGACUGCCCUAGCAGACAUCCUGCCUCACGCUUGUUUGCAGCAUGAGCGGUGCGCCGAAGUCUGCGAGACAAUGCUUGCUAUUUUAAGGAGGAUAGGCAAGUCUUUUCCCCCUGAAGCGGUCAAGCAGUAUUUUGACCAGUGGAUCUCCAUUCUCCUGAAACACAAACACGUCGAGGUUGUAGGUCAACCCCUCAACGAUCACGUGGUUGCCUGUCUUACCAAGCUGCUCCUCGAAAACUGUAAACUGCUGAAGGCGUCUGACGCCCUUCCUACUGGCGAUCAGAUCAUCGAACAGAUCAUAACGCUAUUCUUGUUUCCGCCGCUCUCUGAAAAUGGGGCUGGGGCCGGUGAGAACUCGAGAUUGCCGGUCCUCGACAGUACCGUACGGGAAAGCCUGUACAGCCUCAUUCUUGCGCUGUGUCAAGGCCCUCAGGAGCUCGCAGUAGUUGUUACCAAAUUGGGAGACGACCUACUACCUCCAGAUUUUUUUGAGCCCAUCUAUUCACACGAUCGGCAAAAUCUUCGGACGGAGGUCGGGUACGCCGGUUUGCGGAAUCUUUCGAACACUUGCUACCUCAACUCCUUGUUUUCCCAACUCUUCAUGAAUGUGCAAUUCCGAGAGUUCUUUUUGAAUAUGCUGGGCUCGGAGGAUUCAAAUCAGAAGCUCGUCCUCGAACUCGCGAAGGUCUUUGCUUACAUGCAAAAUUCCUACGAGAAGUCCAUUGAUCCCUCGAUGGCGGUUGAAGCGAUAACGACUUACGAAGGCGAGCAAAUCGAUGUGUCGAUUCAGAUGGAUGUUGAUGAAUUCUUCAAUUUGCUCUUUGAUCGUCUCGAGGGUCAGAUUGAUCCUUCAGCCCGAGUCACGUUCAGGUCGAUGUAUGGCGGCCAAUUGGUUCAGCAAGUCAAGUCGAAGGAGUGCGACCACAUUUCAGAACGCCUGGAGCCCUUUUCCGCCGUCCAAGUUGAGAUCAAGGGCAAAGCCCGCCUGGAAGACAGCCUUCGUGCCUAUGUCGAGGGAGAAGUUCUUCAGGGCGAAAACAAAUAUUCUUGUACUUCCUGCGGACGCCACGUCGAUGCUGUCAAGCGCGCCUGCCUGAAAGACGUGCCGGACAAUCUGAUAUUCAACCUCAAGCGGUUUGACUACGACAUCAUGACCGGCACGCGGACGAAGGUCAACGACGAGUUUCAGUUUCCCGAUACGCUUGAUAUCGCACCCUAUACUCUCGCCAGGCUCAGUGAUGAGCAACACUCGGGAGAGCCAGACUACUUCCAGCUUACCGGCGUCAUAGUCCACUCUGGGACUGCAGACUCUGGUCAUUACUACUCAUUCAUCCGCCAGCGACCGUCAGGAAAACCUGUACACGAGUCCUGGGUCCAGUUUAAUGACCAAGACGUCGGCGUCUUCGACACCAACCAAAUGCGUGACAACUGCUUCGGAGGUACUUCAGAAGCCGGGUUUUAUCAUCUUCCCAAAUUUUACAGCGCUUACAUGCUGUUCUAUCAGAGAACAUCGAGUAUUCAAAAGGUCGAGGAGCAAUAUCGUUGCCACGACACAAUAAAUCCUGUACGCAUCCCGUUACCCCAGCGACUGGACCAACACAUCGCUCAACAGAAUGAGCUUUUCCUGCGUUCCUACUGCGCGCAAGACGCUUCACACGCGCAGUUCAUCCAGAAGCUACUCGAACGCUUCCCGCAGGGCAUGGACAAAUGCAGCGAAGAGCACAACCUCGAAUCCGGCGUGAUCGAAAUGGUCUUGGACUAUCUGCGCUCAGUAUCCUCUCGCUUCAAGGAACAGCCCUGCUUUGAAGAGACUAUCACUGUUCUCCUCACUUGCGCACAACAGUGCCAAGAUUGCACGAGAACAAUAGCUCACUGGUUUCACCACCCCCGAGUGCUUGAAGAUGUGGUUGUCCGUAGCCCCUACCAGACAGUCCGAAAGUCGUUUGCGAACCUAUUCUAUAGCACCUUUUCUCGACUUCGCGGGCUGAGGGAGGACCCGCUCCGUGAUCCAGAACCGAGGAAAUUGGAGACGGAGUACCAGACCUGGCUUCGGGACUGUCUCCUACAGUUAUCCCGACUGUGGGACGUGGUAACCAGAACAGGCCGUUGUUGGGCAGACUAUUUUGGCCUCUUGUACAACAUGCAACGGUUGAGUGAAGAGGAGACCUUUCGAGUUCCCAUUGUCCAAGAGGCUCAGGACCGAUACACUACGUACUUGAGUGCUCGGGAGAGGAACCGGCCGUUCAACCAUCCGGUGGUCAUCCGCCUCUUUGUCAGCCUACUCCUAGGCAUUGAUUUCCACCUACCUGCAACCAGAGAGCGUCAAAUGCGUGACAGGAAGAUCAGCUUGACCAUCGGGGAGGCGGACCUUCUUGGGUUCAACAAGAUUCCUCCCCACUUUGAAUGGUGCAGGCGUUUGAUUUCAGGACGACAAAAUCCAGCAAUGGUGGACACUCUUGUAGAAGCAUUUUCAGCAGAUCGACAACUCGCUGGUGCUCUCUCCAUCGUACUGGUGACUGGACUGAAUCACCGAAAUAUCAACAUAGCGAGCAGCUUCCUACGACCAAUCGUUGCCUUCUGCGAGUUUUGUCGUUCCGAGAACCAAAUUUUCGACCUUGUUCAACCUGCUCUGGAAAGCAUCGCAACAGUCGGUGUUGAAUAUGCCCGAGAGUAUUUUGAAUUCGUCGACGCUUUGUUGAAGGUGGAAAACAGCUACCUCAAUCUCGUGGCGGGUUUCCUAGAGGAUGUGGUCCUACAGACUGUACCUCAGUGGGCACCCACGUUCUUGCUCGCACCGAACGAGGGCCAGUUCAACAUCCGUUUUGGAACGGUCGACUUGCUGAAGCGGGUUCUGUUCACCCCGUUACAGGAGCAUGCUUUCCAAGACCCCCAGGUUUACCCGACACUUGUUUCGGUGGUGCACGAGUUGGCGAGUAGCUGUUCCAACUUUGUGCAGACAAGCGUCUUAAAUCCACGCAACCGAGAAAAUAGCACGCUCCAGGCCGGCCAAGCCAGCCAAUUGAUCGACGUGGUGGACCAUUGCCUAACAUACUUUGACCUCGAGAACCCGAUUCACGAGGAGAAAAUCAGUGAGAUCCAAAACACCAUGGCUGGCUUGAGGGCCAAGGCUGAAACAGCCGUUGAGGCUCUGAGCUCGGCUGAUUGGCAGGAUGGUAGCAGUGAGCUGGCGGAAUUGAGUGCUGAGGACUACGAGGAUCCACUGAGCCCGUGA